GUGUCCGGCACCUUCCAAGAAAAUGGCAAAUCGUUGGAAAACUUUUUAUUCCGUGAAGACACUGACCAACGUUUUAGUACGGGGAAGACUCCAGUACUCACUACUCAAGACGACAGGUCCAAGAGCAGUUUGUCUGGGUUUUCAUUAAGGUUAGAUUCUCCAGAGCCAACCAUUAUGCCGAGAGACGAGCCUGUUAUAUUUUCAAGGCAAGAACCUACCGUUUUUCCACGCUCUGAGCCAAUGUUCAAGCCCGCACAGGUACCCGUCAUCAAAACAAGUCAUGAGCCAGUCCAGACGAUAAAUGAGCCCGUAUCAGAAUAUGUAACAAAGCUUGAACCAGUCAGUGUUUCGAAGCUCCUGAAACAGUAUCCUAAAAGUAGUGCGAGACAGUCGCAACCUGUGUACAACGAACAAAGCACGACAGUACCGAAUGGGCAUGGCAGGUUUCCAAGAAGUUCAAGCUCGAGUUCCUUUACUGAGAACAGGUCUGGUCAGAUGGAGAAUGACCGAUGUCCAAGAAGUCUCAGCUCAAGCUCUUUCAGUGCGACAAGAUCUGUUUCGAGUGAAAGGAUCCGAUCAACCAGUAACCUGAGUGCCUUCAGAGAUAGGAUGUCUGGUCAGGGAGAGCGUUCCCAGAUGACAAGAAACUGGAGCUCGAGUUCUUUGAAUAGCGUACAGAAUGGUUCAAGGCCUCACUCUGCAGUCUCCGACCGUGAAAGUCCAAUGCCGCCUGUAAAUCAAAGUCUUCAAAACAGCGAUUACCUUGAAAUUCCGAAAAAGACGUUCGAAUAGUCGAAUAAUCAGAUUUGAAAAGAACAUUAUAAUGCAAAUGACUAAACAAAACUGAAAUAUAAAACGAGAACAACUUGAUAAACAUACAAAAUAUUAUGAAUUUAAAAAGUGUCAAAAUGGACUAUAAAAGGAUAAAAAAGAAACAUAUACUUAAUUAUGGAUUUAAAAUAAAUAUGUGCAAACAAAUAUUUCAACAAUAUGUGAUGAAACAUGUAGAUCGGAAGUAAAUACAUUUAAAUCGGUAGUCAAUAGAUGUAAAAAAGAUUAAAAAAAUAUAAAUAAAGAGUUUUUUAAACGAUGAUGAUUACAAUAGAAACACCCUUAUGUUACUCUGUUUUAUAUGUAACAUGUAUAUAGUUAUGUAUGUUACGAGUGUAUUAUCUUACUUAAUUGCACAUUUUUCCUUUUAUUAUUUAACAAAGAAAGUUACUUAUAUAAUCUGUGAAUUAUUUCUAACGCACUGGUAUAAAAUCGAAAUAUAUAUCUUUUGUCACGCACACAUUAAUUAUGAACAUGUAAAUAUAUAUUUGUAAUAUGUAAUACAAAUAGUAUGCAACGUGUCGAUUCGUUAUCGAUAAGAUUUCUUUUUAUUUUAAGCACUUGUGAUAAUGUAAAACUUAUACGUGUGUUUUGUUCCUUUCUUUUAGACGAAUUAUAAUGCGUGCUUCUAAUAAUAGUAACCAUCUAGUAUCUCCUCGUAUUAAUAAACCCAUCAUCAAGACUAAUACAUGUACGAUUUAUAUCACUUCAUUUAUAUUUUUUCUGCAUUUAAGGCAAGCAAUUGUUUCUUUUAACUUACUACUGACUCAAAUAUAAUUCUGUUUACAUUGUUAUUAAAAAUCAGAUCAUUUAGUUAUGUUCUAAAACCUAAGAUUUACUUACUUUUUGUUCCAAAUCAUCAAGAAUAUCUGCAUCUAACUUAUGACAAUACUUUCUUAACAUCUUCGGAUGUCUCAGAUUCGAACCGCCCGCCCUCCCUCUGAUUUUAUAUCAUUUAUGUCAUGAAAUUUUGUCUGAUUGCCGUUACUCAAGAACAGUAAAAGUAUUUUUAAUCAGUAAAAAAUGUCGUCAACAUAUAGGUUUGAACCAGUUAACAUAUUGUACAGAAACUUUACACUGGAAAAGCUUAGGCUGUCGAGUCUUGGUCGCCCGAAGGUAUUUUCUUAACGACUCUUUUUAUUCUGAACCCGUUCAAUGACAUUUCAAUGUUUAUAACUUUUUUUCGGAGCAUAUUUUUCCAUAAUACUUUAUUACAAAUAAAUAAUAGAAAAUGAGCAAAGUAAGAUGUUCUGUGUUCAGCAAUUGAAAAGAAUGUAUUUUGCUCCUGAAAAAUACAUCAUAAUUCUAAGUCUGAUGGGGGCGUUUGGAACGUACAGGUGGAUGUAGAGGACUUCUGUGAUGUCUAUAUUUCUUUCAUAAAAGAUACAAAGCUUAGGUUGGAUCAUCUGUUUUCUCAUUAAACGGGGACAGCAUGAAUUAUCUUAUAUUGUUUAAAUGGUCUAUUUGAUGUUAUGACAAAUUAAACUACGGUAACAUUUGAGCCGCGCCAUGACAAAACCAACAUAAUGGGUUUGCGACCAGCAUGGAUCAAGACCAGCCUGCGCAUCCGGCAGUCUGAUCAGGAUCCAUGCUGUUCGUUAUCAGUUUCUCUACUUGUAAUAGAGUUGGUUAGCGAACAGCAUGGAUUCUGAUCAAACUGCGCGAUGCGCAGGCUGGUCUGGAUCCAUGCUGGUCGCAAACGCAUUACGUUGGUUUUGUCGUGACGCGGCUCAUUUGUAUGUUCGGAACUAUGAAAAUAAACAUAAAUUUAUCGGUUUGUUGCACGUUGUUUUUGAUGUUCUGCACAUUUUUGUUGGUAAACAUGUGAUAAUUUUGACAUUACUUUAAGUAAGGAAGUCAGUAGUUACAUCAUUCAGAUUCUGUUAGAUGUAUGUAUGUAUGAACAGUUUGUAACGUUGUUAACUAAUAUACAUGUAUUAUCACUAUUAAAA